UAGUUGACAAUAUAAAAGACUUGAACUCUAUUAAAUAUGUAUCAGUUGACUGUUAAGUUUAGUGUCAUUAGGACAAGAAAAAUACAAUCAAAAUGUUAUCAAAGGUGUUGUGCCUAGCCGUGGUGGCGAUGGUGGCGCAGUACGCCCAGGGUCAUGGGCAUGCGUUCUCAUCUCAACAUAUCUCGAGGCACGACGGCCCCGCCGAGGUGGUUCAUGUCAAAGGGCACGGUCAUGGACACGGCCACGAAGGCGCUAUCGAUUAUUACGCUCAUCCUAAAUACGAGUUCGGGUACAAAGUUGAGGAUCCUCACACCGGCGACCGCAAGAGCCAGCAUGAGAUUCGCGAUGGAGACGUCGUCAAGGGCUACUAUGCUUUCCAUGAGCCUGAUGGCUCCGUCAGACACGUGGAGUACCAUGGCGACAAACACUCUGGUUUCCACGCCACCGUGAAGCACGGCACCCACCACAUCGCGAUUAUAUUUCUUGCUCUGCUGGGAGUCGCAGCUGCACACCAGGCGUUCUCCUCGCAGCAGGUGCACAAGUACGAUAGUCACCACCACCCCGUACACCACCAUGGCCACCAUGAUUACUAUACUUACCCGAAGUACGACUUCGAGUACAAAGUCCAUGAUCCGAAUACAGGAGAUCAUAAGGGCCAGCGCGAGUCCCGUGAUGGUGAUGUUGUAAAAGGCUACUACUGGUUGCAUCAGCCUGACGGCUCAAUCAGACACGUCGACUACCACGGCGACAAACAUUCAGGGUGA